UCUUUUUCUCUCUCUUUUAAGAUUUUUCUUUACCAAACCAUUUUCAACAAAAACCCCCAGAGAGCGACCAGACCAAUUCAACCAAAACCCACAAACAGAGAAUCGAAAACAGAAACAACAGACAGAAGAAGAAGAAGAAGAAGAAGAAGAAGAAGAAACCCAGUUGGAGAUGAUGUUGAGGUCGUGUUGUCGGCCACUGGAACGCUGCUUUGGACGGCGAUGUGGUGGUGGUGGUGGUGGUGGAGAUGGGCUUCUAUGGCACACGGACUUGAAGCCUCAUGCCUCUGGUGACUACUCGAUCGCCGUGGUUCAGGCCAAUUCUAACCUUGAGGAUCAGAGUCAGGUCUUCACGUCUCCUUCUGCCACUUUUGUUGGUGUCUAUGACGGCCAUGGUGGCCCUGAAGCUUCUCGAUUCGUCAAUAACCAUCUCUUCCCUUUUUUACAUAAGUUUUCUACAGAACAAGGAGGACUGUCAGCAGAUGUCAUAAAGAAAGCAUUUAAUGCCACCGAAGAGGAAUUUGUACGUUUAGUGAAGCGAUCAUUGCCAGUGCGGCCACAAAUUGCUUCAGUUGGAUCAUGCUGCCUUGUUGGUGCAAUUUCAAAUGAUGUUUUAUACGUGGCAAAUCUAGGGGACUCAAGAGCAGUGCUUGGUCGGAGAGGUUCAGAGAGUAAGAAAAAUCCUGUUGUUGCAGAACGGUUGUCCACUGAUCACAAUGUUGGAGUUGAGGAGGUGAGGAAAGAGGUUGAAGCUCUUCAUCCUGAUGAUUCUCACAUUGUGGUAUAUACACGUGGAGUGUGGCGGAUUAAGGGUAUAAUUCAGGUGUCAAGAUCUAUUGGUGAUGUUUAUCUGAAGAAACCCGAGUUUAACAGAGAUCCAAUUUUCCAGCAAUUUGGAAACCCUGUUCCUUUGAGGAGACCUGUAAUGACAGCGGAACCCUCAAUCCUUAUUAGAGACCUCGAUGUGCAAGACUUGUUCCUGAUAUUUGCAUCGGAUGGCCUCUGGGAACAAUUAAGCGAUCAAGCAGCAGUAGAGAUUGUUUUUAAAAACCCAAGAGCAGGAAUUGCAAAGAGACUGGUUAGAGCUGCUCUUCAAGAGGCAGCCAAGAAGAGGGAGAUGAGAUAUGAUGACAUAAAGAAAAUCGAGAAAGGAAUAAGGCGUCAUUUUCACGACGAUAUUACUGUAGUUGUGGUCUAUCUUGAUCACCUUAAAAGCUCCUCAAGCUAUAGAUUUAAGCACCAGAUUGUUAGCUGCACCACAGCACCUGUUGACAUCUUCUCCCUGAGUGCAGAUGAAACACCAGAUGACCUGCAGCAGACUUUUUCCUAAACAAAAAGGAAUAGAACACUUAGAAAAGUGAAAAAAGCUGCAAUUCUUGGAAAAAAGUUUAUAUAUAUAAUAAUUUAAAACAUGUAAGAAAAGGGGCUAUUAAUGGAUGGAUAAGAAUGUUACAAAUUGUGUACAGAUAUCCGAGUCUACUUCUACUAAUGCAUGCUGACAGGUUGAAUUCUCAUGGGAAGACUGUUACUGAUUUUUUUUUUUUUUUUCCCUUCAUUUUGAGGGUGUUAUUUUCUCAUUUUUAAUUCAUAUUUUAUUUUGUUUGGUUCGAGACACAAGCAUGUAAAAAACCAUUUUGUAACUUUUUCUUUUUUAUCCCAAAUCUUAUAAGAUGCAAGGAUUUAUCA